GAUCUCCCGAGCAUACACGGACACGAUACGUAAUUGUGUACGUCACGAAAUCAUUCCCUCCACAUGUUACCACCGUUACCGUGCACCGUUUCUAGCAUCAGACAGUGCAGACAGAUUCUACAUCUUUCUCGCGAUAAGCGAGUCCGAGGUGCAGUUUGGAGGCGUGAGAUAAAGUAUGUGAAUUCGAGCAAGUCACCCGGUUCGCGGUGCGAAAUCGUACGGUUCCCGCGUGUAAUGCGCAACAGUGUCGUAUCACGACACGAAGUGGUGCAGCGAAACUGAGCGACACAUUCGCAUCGACCAGACGUCAACCGCGAUGCCUCCGAGUCGCUUGGAUGCCGUCUACAGGAGCAUACUUCUCACGAAGUUCUUUACGAAAGGCUGGGGCAGUCCCCAAAAUUUAAAGCGAAUAUUUGAAUUCAGGAAGGUUAUCGCAAACCGAGAAGCCUGCUACAAUAUGAUACCACUUGACUAUCCAAUAGAAAUAACGAAGGAUGAAACUUGGUCAGAUUGCCAUGUAAUCGAAGGUCAAUUUGAAUCACCCUUUGAGAAGUAUCUUCCGGGAAUAAUGCCGGAUAAAACCAAGAUCGCUUAUUUUCAGAUGGUUUUGCCACCUAAGUGGAGUUCUCAUAAAAUAAAGCCGAUUUGUUUGCAUCUCGCAGGGACGGGAGAUCACUUUUUUUGGCGACGUAGAAAUCUUAUUGCUAAGCCUUUGCUGAAAGAGUCGGGAAUAGCCUCGAUCCUGCUGGAGAAUCCGUUCUAUGGACUGAGAAAGCCGGAUGAUCAAAAACGAUCGAGUCUGCACAAUGUAUGCGACAUUUUCAUCAUGGGAGGCUUAAUCAUGGAAUCAAUCAUUUUUAAUUGGUGCGAACAACAAGGAUUCGGUCUUGGUAUUACUGGAUUAUCAAUGGGUGGACACAUGGCUUCUUUAGCAGCUACCAACUGGCCAAAACCAAUUUCACUGGUGCCCUGUCUGUCAUGGUCAACAGCUUCACCUGUGUUUACGGAGGGUGUAAUGAGCGCAUCGAUAAAUUGGGCACUUUUAGAAACGCAAUACUUUUCGGACAAAAUCUACAAGAACGAUCUCGCAAAAAUGGUGAAGAUUAUUGAUCAGGAUGAUGCCUUCUUAGCUGGUCAGCAUUUCGCUAAGCAUUAUCCCGCAAGUAUGAAGAGAGUAAAUAAAUUGAGAAAGGAAUAUAACAAUGAAAAAACGAACAAAGACAAUAAUACUGUAGCUGAGAAUGGUACAAAUUCAAUCGACAAUAUGACAAUAAUAAAAUCGAUAAUAACGACAAUAAAUUCCGCCAAAGCGAGGAUAAAGCAAAAUAAUAAAUUACAACAUCAGAUUGCAGAAGAAAAGGCAGCGGCCAAGAUAUUCCCCUUAAAUCUAAUUCCAAUCGAUUCAAUCAAAGAUCCCAAUACUCUCAAAGGAGUUUGCUUACUGCCAGUGCCGAAGCAUCCACUGUUUUCAGACAACAAAUGGCGCGAACACGAGGCCCUGCAAUUUAUGCGCGGCAUAAUGGACGAAUGUACGCACUUGAAAAAUUUCGAGACGCCAGUUGACACUGAAUUAAUCAUCGCUGUUUGCGCCAGGAAUGAUGCUUAUGUACCGCGAGAUCAUUGCAUGAGCCUGGAAACAAUAUGGCCAGGGGCUGAAAUUCGUUACAUCGAUGCUGGCCACGUUAGUGCGUACCUCCUUCAUCAGAAAGUCUUCAGAUCCACUAUAGCGGAAUCUAUCCAGCGAUCUUUGAAGAAAUAUCCUGUCAAUGCCAGUUGACGAGCUUGUGAUCUUCUCGCAGCGAAUACACGCUACUUCAGAGCCAUAAUUACAAAUUUAAUUAGAUGAUGGAAUAUUCAACUAUGUGAUUGACCUCGCGUAUCUAUUAUUAAGGAUCUUUACGUGCACAUAAUCUAUUAGGUUGUUACGCAGGUGGUAAUCUGCUACGAAAAAGUACAACUGUUCGAGUCAAUUUAUAAUAAUUGUUUAUAAUAAUCAAUGUUGUGUUAGCACAGCAAAUGUCGUGUGGUAUCAGCCAAUGAUGUUCCUACGUCAAGUAACAACUCGUUUGCGGCAUAGCGGAUGCAAUCUUUUUAUACACGCUAACUUUAUAUAGAUUUACACGCGAUUUCUUGAUAACGUACACUUCUUUAUAGACAUUUUAGAAAAUUAUGAACGUGCACGGUUUUAUCACGUUAUUGUACAUACUUGUUGAAAUUAGUAAUUAAAUGUCACAUGUGAUGUGUCUACUAAGUGAUAUUUGUGUGCUAAUACUUUGUAUAAUAUUAUUUAACGUGAAACGUUUAUGCAAUAAUGAUCUGUAUAUAAGUCAGUCUGCUUAACAAUGUCAAGAACAAGUUUCAUUCGACUACGUCGAUACGAGACAUCACUCUAUUCCUGUUCAACAUGAGCAACAAAUAGAAUAACACUUGCGGCUGUUAAAUUAAACUUGUCCCAUGUAAUAUCAGCCAAGAAUUAGUAAUGAAAGGAAAGUUGAAAUGGAA